AUGCGCUCUACAAAGCCUUUCCUCCUCUUCACCACCCUUCUCCCACUCGCCUCAGCAGACUUCUUCGUCUCCAACACAUCCGUGUGUAUGGGAAGUUUUGGGAUCGCGCAGUGUUAUACUGGCGCCAAAGUCCUCUCCGGAACCAACAACAAAACAGACUACACCUGCUCCCAUCUCGUCCCGGCCCAAGACGACCACUACCUCAGCAACGGCACGGCCGGGCCCUUCGGAUCCGACCACCUGAUUGUCAAUGGCGGGCUCUGCGAUUCCGGCAAGCUCAAGUUCGUCAAGGAUGGCGAGGCGUAUAUUGUGAAUGACGAGGAUGACAAGACGGUGGGGAAUUGUGUGUGGGAUAACAGUACCACGAGGUCGUGUAAUAUGUGGGUGGGCAUGUUGUUUUUUCAGAGCUUGUAUAAGUGUACGAGUAGUGUUUGUGGGUGA